CUAGUGACCUCGCGAGAAGAAUCACCAGCAGUUGAUCCGAGACUGCACAAGCGCCAGCUGCGAUCCUGUCCUCGGCUGCACAAGUCACCAGAGCAGAAAAAUUUGCCUUCGUGUAGUUGCCGAGACAGCGACGUUGAAAGCAAAGCACUGUAACGAAGAACGCAAGCUGGUGGCGGUAACAACGCGUUAGCUAUGCAGCUGAAACUGUCAGUCGCCGGCGUGCUUGCCGUCGUUGGAUUUAUGACACAAUGCAAGGCAGAGGACGUGCUGGUGACGGUGCAGCAGGGCACUCUACGGGGAACAACGGCGACUGGUGUCUACAACACGUCCUACACGGCCUUUCGUGGUAUCCCGUUCGCAGAACCACCCGUUGGGGAACUGCGUUUCCAGGCGCCGCGGCCGGCCCGCUGCUGGUCCGGGGUUCGUGACGCGACGCGCUACGGCAGCGACUGCGUGCAGCAGAACGGGGCCGGCUCGGAGGACUGCCUCUACCUGAACGUGUACGUGCCGGGGGUGCCGCAGGAGGGCGCCCAGCUGCCCGUCUUCUUCUGGGUCUUUGGCGGCGGGUUCAUCUUCGGCGGCGGCUCGGACCAGCAGUACGGGCCAGACUUCCUCGUCUCCUACGGCGUCAUACUGGUCACCGUCAAUUACCGCCUGGGAGCGCUCGGCUUCCUGAGCACGCGGGACGCGGCGGCCCCCGGCAACGCGGCGCUGAAGGACCAGCAGCUGGCGCUUCGCUGGGUGCGGCGCAACAUUGCCCGCUUCGGCGGCGACCCCCGGCGGGUGACGCUGGCCGGCCAGAGCUCUGGCGGCGGCUCCGUCUCGCUGCACCUCGUCGCGCCCCUCUCUGCAGGACUCUUCUCGCGGGCGAUCAUCCAAAGCGGGAACUUCAUCUCGCGGCAAGUGAUCGCGGACGAGGCGCGCCAGCACGCCUUCAGUCUGGGAGCCGCCCUCGGCUUCCAGACCAACGACUCGCAGGCGCUCGUCGACUUCCUGCGAACCGUCAACGCUACGGACCUCCUGGUUGACAACUCGCUCAUCUUGUCGGACGAGGAGAAAACGCUUUUGGUACCUGUAGUAUGGGGCCCCAGCAUCGAGGCAGAUCUGGAUGGAGCUUUCAUCUCGGAGGCACCCAUCAAAGUCCUGAACGAAGGGCGCUUUUGCCACGUGCCGAUUCUCACUGGUGUCACAUCUGGGGAGACAGGUUUCUCCAUACUCAACCAAGCAGCGGUUAUCGACCGCCUGGACAAAGCGUUUCAGAGUGUGGUCGGCCCUUGCCUGCAUCUAUCGACAACUACACAGCAGGCAGACGCAGCGUCCAAGCUAAGGGAGUUCUAUUUUGGCAACGGCACCAUCUCUGUGGAUGACCCGGUACCUUUAGUCAACUUCAACAACGACAUCCAGAAUUUCGAGCCGACUGAUGCCUUUGUCAGAAAAGUGGUUGAAGUCUCCAGCGUACCCAUUUACUACUACGAGUUCGACUACAGAGGAGAGAAUGUCAACAAGACUCAAUGGGGGGUAACACACAACGGUGAACUGCCUUUCCUCUUCCUGAGAAACGGCGUGAACUACAAUUUGGAUCCAAAUUCCGAGGAGGACCGUGUACGAAGGCAUUUCCUGCAUAUUUGGACCAACUUUGUCAAACAUGGGAUUCCCACUCCAUGGACGGAUCCCGUGAUAUGGCAUCCGUACAACGCGACGAGCCGCAACUACCUGCUGAUGCAAGCCAACUUCACCGUCGCUCACGACAGACUCGGCGAACGCAUGGGCUUCUGGCAUCAGAACGUCCCACUGAUGCCCUUCCCUGGAACCUUCUAAUAUCUGCCGCAGCCGUUCUCAGACAUACAGUCACGGGCCAUUCCACCAGCAUGGUGCAAUUUUGCUGACUUCCUAAGUAGUGCUUCUCCAGGCUCCGCUGUAAAUUAAUAAUUCCACAAUUAAUAUAUUAUUAAACACUAUAAAUAACAUUUUUUAGUUUUAGGAUCUUAAGUAAAGUAUUUUAUGACAGUGACUGUGUCCAUAUGUAAGUCCACUAUGUAAGCUGCUCAGAAUUCAAUGAAAACGAUUGUUAUCAUGACAGUAUUUUGGUUUUGUUCGACGCUGUUUCCAACUUCGAUUUCAAAAGCUAUUUCCAAUACAUUCGCUUGUGCUCCUUUGUAUUAUGAUUCCUAUUGAAAUAAAAGCACACCAGCUACUCUA